AUGUACACAUACGUGUAUGAAAGUGCUCGCACAAACACAAAAGAGGUUCUAAAAGACAUCGCCCCUGCGAUCCUACACCAACCACGACCCCUCAGUCCCGAGCACGAGCCUACCACGGCCCGGCAAGGACCAGACCACGAGGCAACGGCACCCGGCCAGGACCCACACGAGCGACCACGACCCGGCCAGGACCCGACCACGAGGCCAACGGCGACACGGCCAGGACCCGACCACGAGGCAACGGAGACCCCGGCAGGACAGACCACGAGGCCAACGGCGACACCGGCCAGGACCGCCACGAGCCAACGGCACCGGCAGGACCCGAGCACGAGGCCGACCACGACCCCGGCCAGGACCCGACCACGAGUCCGACGGGCGACCCCGGACACCGACCACGACCCCGGGACUCAGGACCAGAUCCACGAGGCCGCCACGACCCCGGCAAGGACUACGACCACGAGGCCGGCGGGCGACCCCGGCCCAGGACCCGACCCCGCCCCGACCACGACCCCCUGGCCAGGGACCCGACACGAGUGCCAAGGAGACCUGCCAGACCCCACAACGGGCCAAACGGAGACCCCGGGCCAGGACGCCGUUAACACGAGGCCGACCACGGCCCAUUGCCAGGACCCGACCACGAGGGGUCUACGUCGACCCCGCGCCAGGACCUCCGACCACGAGGCCGGACGGCGUACGGACAGUGUAUGGCCACACGGGGCCAACGGCGACCCCGGCCAGACCUCGACCACGAGGCCGACGGCGACAUUCGGCCGGGACCCGAACCACGAGGUCCUAACCAGGACCACGGCCAUAAUCGACCACGCGGCCACCGACCCCUUGCAGGAACGACCAUCGAGGCCGACGGGACCCGAAACCGCACAAGCCCAGUCCUGCCCCUGA